CAAAAUUUGAGAUAUUACUGUAUGUACAAUAUACAUAUGUACUCUGGCGUAGUCGCAUUGUGGUAUAGGACAUGUCAAAAAUUUGUGAUGGCGACGAUGUUGAAGGACAAAAGUCGGCCCAUGUUUGAAGAUAAAUGGCCAUGUAUGCGUCCAAUUAUUUUGAAACUAUUGGUACAAGAACCCGUGACACAAGCAGAAUGGCAAGAUCUAUUUUACUCUGUUCAUUUGAUAUGUGUGUGGGAUGAAAAAGGUGCUCCAAAGCUAAGGGACGCGCUUAAAGAAGAUAUAAUGGAUUUUAUAAAACAAGCUCAACAGAGAGUUUUAGCACACCAAGAAGAACAAGCACUGUUAAAAGCAUAUAUAGUUGAAUGGAGGAAGUUUUUUAUUCAGUGUAUCUAUCUUCCAACACCUUUCAGGCAAUUAGAAACAAGUCUAGCUGGCAAAACAGGUUCCACCGUUCAGAAAAGAAAUCAACCAGAUGAUACUGUUAGAAAGUUAAUGUUGGAUAGUUGGAAUCAAAGUAUAUUUGGAGAAAUAAAACAUAAACUCCAGGAUUCUGCUAUGCGACUAAUAAGGGCUGAAAGAAACGGAGAAGCAUUUGAUUCACAACUUGUUAUUGGCGUUAGGGAAUCUUAUGUAAAUUUGUGCUCCAAUACAACGGAUCAACUUCAAAUAUAUAGGGAGAAUUUUGAAGCAGCAUAUAUAGAGGCAACGGAAGCAUUUUAUUGGGUUAAAGCACCAGAACAAUUAUCGUUACAUGGUGUAGAGAAUUACAUGCGUUACGCGGAGGCAAAGUUAAGGGAAGAAGAACUCAGAGCACAAAAGUAUUUAGAACCGAAUAGUGCGAGUGUACAACUUUUAACUGAGUGUUGUGUACGUAUAUUAGUAGCAACUUUUAAGCCGGCUAUAUUAGCGGAAUGUCCAAGAAUGAUUCAACAUCAUCAAACAGAUCAACUUAGAUUGAUGCUAAAGUUAAUGGAUAGAGUGCCUGAAGGUGUUGGGCCAAUGUUAAGAAAUUUAGAAGAACACAUUGCAAGUGCGGGUCUAGCCGAUAUGAUGGCAGCGGUAGACGUUAUUACUCACGAUUCUGAAAAAUAUGUUGAGAGACUAUUAGAUCUUUUCCGACGAUUUUCAACUCUCGUUAAAGAAGCGUUCGACGAUGAUCCCAGAUUCUUAACAGCGAGAGAUAAAGCUUACAAACUUGUCGUAAACGACGCAACAGUAUUCAAAUUAGAAUUACCGGCACGCCAAAGUUCUGGCAUCGGUACAACAAUUUUAAAUAAUAAACCCAACAACAACAACAACAAACAACCGGAAUCGAAGUGUCCAGAGCUUCUUGCUAAUUACUGUGAUAUGCUACUUAGAAAGACACCUCUCAGUAAAAAACUGACUUCUGACGAAAUCGAAAGUAAGCUAAGAGACGUAUUGUUAGUGUUAAAGUAUGUUCAAAAUAAGGAUGUAUUUAUGCGCUAUCAUAAGGCUCAUUUAACACGCCGCUUAAUACUAGACACAUCUGCGGAUUCUGAAAAAGAAGAAAAUAUGGUAGAAUGGCUUCGCGAAGUCGGAAUGCCUGCUGAUUAUGUUAAUAAAUUAGCUCGAAUGUUCCAAGACAUUAAAGUGUCGCAGGACCUCAAUCAACAGUUUAAAGAACAGUGUAGAGCUGCUAUUGCAGAUAGUAUAAACAUUAAGAUUUUAAAUGCAGGUGCAUGGGCUAGAGGCAGUGAACGCGUCACUGUAAGUUUACCAUUACAAUUAGAAGAUUAUAUUCCUGAGGUAGAGGAAUUUUAUAAGAAAAAGCAUAGUGGAAGAAAAUUACAAUGGUAUCAUCAUAUGUCAAAUGGCACGAUAACGUUUUCCAACCAAGUGGGACGCUUCGACGUGGAUGUAACAACUUUUCAAAUGGCAGUUCUGUUCGCUUGGAAUCAGCGACCGUUUGAAAAAAUCACUUAUGAAAAUUUACGAUUGGCUACGGAACUUCCUGACCCCGAGCUUAGGCGAACGUUAUGGUCUCUGUGUGUUUUUCCGAAACUCAAACGUCAGCUCCUGUUGGUGGAGCCGCACGCACAUAGUCCUAAAGAUUUCGCAAACGACACAAGGUUUUGGGUGAACCAGGAAUUUGCUAUUGUCAAAAACGGAAAAUUACAAAAGCGGGGGAAAAUUAAUUUAAUAGGGAGGCUUCAAUUAUCAACUGAACGAAGUAAAGAGGAGGACAACCAAUCUAUUGUACAACUUAGAAUAUUAAGGGUUCAGGAGGCAAUUAUCAAGAUUUUAAAAAUGCGGAAAAAAAUUAGUAAUGCUCAGUUACAAACCGAAUUAGUUGAUAUACUGAAGAACAUGUUUUUGCCAAGUAAAAAGAUGAUAAAAGAACAAAUCGAAUGGCUCAUUGAACAUAAAUAUAUUCGCAGACACGAUGAUGAUAUUAAUACUUUUGUGUAUGUGGCAUAAACUGGGAUUAUACAUGCAUACAUAUAAGAGUGUACAAACUCUUAUGAUUAAUAUUAUAUUUUUAUAAGAAUUCAGUUUUUGUGUAUGAAAGCGUAUGCUCAAAGAAUCAUAAUGUAAUUGAGAGAUAUUUAAUGUUUUUGUAACACAUUCACAAAGAAGAAAGACACAUCUCCUUAACAUGAAUAAUUAGUGUUUGGGCACAAAAUCAUAUCGUUCCAAGAAUCAUGAUUAAGUAAGAUACUGCCGUUAAUAACAAUUGUAUGCACAGUUAACAAUGAAAUUAUUAUAAUGUUUCAAAAUUCUAAUCUCCGAGAUAAAAUAUAAAUUUUAUCAAUCGUUUUAUUAACUUCGAAAACAGUCGCAAACACUUUUUAUUUGUUGUGUUUAAUGUCACACAGGAAGAUCGAACCACGAAUGGUGUAGACGCGUGAAUAUGUUUAUUUACUAUAUGUGUACAUAUUUUCAAGAGCAAUUGAUUUCUGUGAAUUAAUCUCAAUUGUAAAAAGUACACUAAUUACGAAACUUUCUUUAUAUGACACUUUUCAGGCUGUUUUGUAUUAAUUGUGUCGUAAAUUGUGAACGAAUAAAUGUGCAUUUUCGACUGGAAAAAUUUGAUUGAACUAAAAUUCAUGCGAAGCAAAAAUACAAUAAAUGGCCUAUACCAAUACGUGUAAAUGUCAUAUUAAAAGAAUUUAAAUUCAUUUUAGUAGACUAGUAAUGCAAUGUAUAAUCCUUAUGCUAAAUUUUGCACAAUCGCAUCAUGAAUCAUUACAUGUUGACUUACCACUACUAAUAACAUCUAUGUGUAUAAAGCUUUUAUAUUAUUAAAUAAGCUAAUGACAAUGUAACAGUGAACAAUUUCUGAAUUAAAGAAACAGAAUUUUUUAUACUU